AUAAAUAUCUACCAUGAGGCAGCUCACUUCUUCACUACUUCCCAAUUUCUUACCAAAACUCCUCCUCGUAGAAACAAUGACUAAUUCAAACUUUGUCUUGCUUUUCAUUGUCGGGAUUUUAGCAACUCAGGCAAUGUCUCGCACUGUGCAUGAAUCAGCCAUUGCAGAUAAACAUGAGCAAUGGAUGGUUAAGCAUGGUCGAACUUACAAGAACAAAGCUGAGAAAGAUAAACGCUUUAAGAUAUUCAAGGAGAACUUGGAAUAUAUUCAGAACUUUAAUAAUGCAGGAAACAGAACAUACAAGUUGAGUAUUAACAAGUACUCGGACUUGACACAUGACGAAUUCGUCGCAGCUCGUACCGGAUAUAUUAAUCCAGGCAACACAGUGACAUCUAUGGAAACAUCGUUUCGCUAUGCCGAGUUUACAGAUGUUCCGACAAGCUUGGAUUGGAAAUCAAAAGGCGCUGUCACCUCUGUUAAGGACCAAGGACGAUGCGGGUGUUGUUGGGCAUUUGCUGCAGUGGCAGCCGUGGAAGGUCUGAACCAAAUCACAAACGGAAACCUGGUCUCAUUGUCCGAGCAACAAGUAUUGGACUGCAGCGGAAAUAGCAACGGUUGCAACGGUGGUAGCAAGAUACAAGCCUUCCAAUACGUCAUUCAGAACAAUGGAUUAACCAGGGAAGACAAUUAUCCAUAUCAAGCUAUGCAAGGAACUUGUGACUUCCAAAAACAGGCAUCCCAAGUUGCCCAUGUCAGCAACUAUGAAUCCGUACCUUCCAACAGUGAACAAGAGUUACUUAAGGCUGUCUCGAACCAACCGGUCGCAGUUAGCAUUGAAGGUAGCGGAACUGAUUUUAGACAUUACAGCAGUGGGAUUUUCAACGGAUACUGCGGAACUAAUCUCAACCAUGCUGUCACUAUCGUUGGAUUCGGGACCAGCGCCGAUGGUACCGAUUACUGGUUGGUGAAGAAUCAAUGGGGUGAAGAUUGGGGAGAAAAUGGAUACAUAAGGAUGCAAAGGAAUGUGGCCGACUCCCAAGGUCUUUGCGGGCUUGCCAUUAGACCAGCCUAUCCAACCGCAUAAAUAUUCAUACAAUAUGGACAUUUUCUUAUGUUUGGGAUAUCUUCAAAUAUAUGAAAUAAAAAGAAAAGAAAUGGUGAUUUUAGGAUCCCAACUCAGGACCCUAAUUUAGGAUACUUUUGAGUUUAUUUUCCGAUGUAUGUAUCAUUUGGUUUUAGAAGGUUUCAUUGCAAAAUGGCUUCUGAUUGAAGUUUGGAAGAGCAAAAUCAUAAAUAUAUUUCAUAUAUAGAAGCAUUAUUAUGAA